AUGGCAGACGAGUUGUUGAAGGAUUGGGAGAAGUUGAAGUUAACGGUGGAGGAAGAUGUGGUUUUUGGGCGGGAUUUUGAGGACGUGGAAGACGCGGGAUCGAGGGACCAAAUUUCCCUAAUCCUCGUCGGUAAGAUGCUCACUAGAAGGCCGUUCAAUUUUGAAGCAAUGAAGAGAACCCUAACUCAAAUUUGGCGUCUACAGGAGCAUGUUGUGAUUCGUAUGAUUGAGAUGAAUUUGUUUGUUUUCCAGUUCUUCUGUGAGGCGGACAAGGACCGAGUGCUCGAAGGGUGUCCAUGGUCUUUCGAUAAUCAGAUUUUGUGCCUUAAGGAGACGGAUGGGAGGAAAAGGAAUUCUUCCUUUGCCUAUGAUAUUGGAGAAAGCCUAGGGGGGUUCCUGGAUUUUGACAAUACUGAUUCUUUCGGGUGGGAUGAAUUCAUGAGGAUCAAAGUUUUGUGCGACAUUGAAAAACCUUUGCGUCGAGGAGUUAAACUUGCAACGGGGCCUGAAACCGAGAUUUGGCUGGACAUAAAAUACGAAAGAUUGGGUGACUUAUGCUACUUCUAUGGAAAGCUUGGUCACACAGACCGGGACUGUCAAUCUCAGGUGAAGGCGACAGAGAGUGAGAAUGAUGUAGUGUACCAAUAUGGACCAUGGUUGGUGGCCUCACCUCACAGGCACCCUAAGAUGUCCAUAACAGACAAAGAGAAGGAGAAGAAAUGGGUUGAUAAUUUUCGGUGA